AUGACAUUUUUCUCCGAUCUUGGGAGCAUAGAUGAUGAUGAUAUAGAAGAGGAGGAUGGAUUGGAACGUAUUGUCACAUUCAGUGAGGAGAAUAAUAAUAUACGUCUCCAUAUGAGAUUUGAGAGUAAGCAGCAGCUCAGCCGGGCAGUUAGGAUGUGGUCCAUCAAUCACAAUAAGGAGUUUAGAGUUAUUGAGAGUAAGAGUAACACGUGGUUUGCUAAAUGCAAAUCAUCAAUUGAAAGAACUCCUUCCACUUCAUCGUAUCCACCAUGCGACUGGUGUGUUAGAGCCGUAAAGAAAAAGACUCAUGGAAUGUGGCAAAUUACAAAAUGGGUCAAUGACCAUAACUGCUUGGGCGACAUGAUUAGAAAUAACAAUACAAGGUUGACGGCUUCCGUUAUUUCAAGGUACAUACUCCGUAGCAUUGAAGAUGAUCCUGGAUUAAAGAUCAAGAACAUACUAAGUUUCGUUAAAGAAAACUUGAAGGUUGAUGUGUCUUACAAAAAAGUCUGGUAUGCCAGACGUAAAGCAAUUGAGCUUGUGUUUGGAUCUUGGGAGGCGAAUUUUGCCGAACUACCACAGUAUCUCAAUGCCCUGGUGCAAUCCAAUCCAGGCACCGUGGUGGAGUGGUCACAUCAUUCGGAUAGUUUGGAUCGAGUUAUGACUUUUAAGUAUGUAUUCUGGGCCUUUGGACCGGCUAUUGAAACAUUCCACAUGUGCAAGCCGAUUAUAUGUGUUGAUGGCACUCAUUUGCGUGGCGAAUACAAGGGCAAACUCCUUGUUGCAGUCACUCAAGAUGCGAAUAACAAGAUUCUGCCAAUUGCUUAUGCCAUAGUUGAUGAGGAGACGAUUUUCAGUUAG